AUGGCCCAAACUCCCUACUACCGCCACGGCGCCCUAGCCAUCGGGGUGAUCCCAGUCCUCCUAAGCGUGAAUGCCAUCUUCCGGCCCGAAGCCGCCUUGAACCUCGCCGCGUUCCCCGUGCCGGCCGAGCCCUCGGCGCGCAAGCUCACGCGCUCGCUGAUGCGCUUCUACGGCACCCGCAACGUCGCCAUCGGCUUCAUGUCUCUGCUUGUGUGGCAUACUGGUGACGAUAGGCUGCUGGGCCUCUCCCUGUUGCCGGGCGUCUUCAUCUGUGUCGUUGACGGUAUCAUGAGCAAGCUGCAGAUCGGAGGCGGCGAGUGGAACCACUGGUCGCUUGCACCCGUCAUCAUUGGGAUAGCGGGCAAGCUGUUGAGAUGGUCCUAG